UGUAGUCAUUAUCCACUUCCUGGUUUAGAGCCGGACGGGUAGUAGAGGAGCAGUUAGUAUUUACCAAAGGGCGCGUGUUGCAGCGUGCAGUUGUGUGUGUGUGUGUGUGUGUGUCAACGUACGCCUCACAUGGAGUGUAAUUAAACUCUGCAAGAAACUAAAGAAAAAGAGAGGGGGGGAGGAGGACGAGGAGGAGAGGAAACAGAGUGUGAAGAAGAAGAGGAAGAAGAGGAAGAGAGGAAGGAAGAAGACAGAGGAAGGAAAACAAGAAGCAACUAAGAAGAGUGUCACAGAAACACUGGACUACUACUGAUACUACUGCUGCUGAGUGGGAGAUGUGGAGAGAAAUGUUGGGACGGAUUAUCUCCCUCAGGACUCGACACUAAUCUCUCUCUCUCCACACACACACACACACACACACACACACACACACACACCUUGUGUGUCUUGUAAAAGACCUUUGGCAUGUGGAUUAUUGACUUUGUAGCCUCUGCAGGGUAGCCAUAUUUGAAGUCCUAGAGCAGUUUAAGCGUUCAUUGUAGUUAAAUUACUGAGCGUAACACUUAGUUUGAGUUGUACCUUCAUAAUGCUACUUUGUUUAGACAUGAAACUUUAAUGUUUGUAGUGCUGUUGUUGCUGCAGCUGGAGCAGAAUACAUUUCAUUGAGCAGGUUUCAUUGUAAUACUGUGUGUAUAGUACAUGUAGUAGUUUGGAGUAGCUUUUGGAACAGUCCUGAGAUCCAGGAGUUCUUUAAAUGUAGUGAUUUUAAUAUAGUACCCUGGUGUGCUCCCUUUGGUUCUUUGAGCAUAAACACAAUCAGUCUUUGUCUCAUGGUUCUAGGUUGUAUUUCCUCCUAUGAGAACUUAAUGACGUGACUGCGGUGAAGCAGCUGGGGCUCGAGAGUGGGGAUAUUUUUUAUGGAAGAUUGCAUCUGCAGCUUGGUGAUUUCGUAGAUAGCCUUAUGAACUUCCUUGGGGAAUAUUUGGAAUACUUAAAGUAACGUUUGGAGUCCUCCUCUAGGAUUUUUGGGACUUUUCAUUCCAAGACUUAUUACAAAUUUAGCAAGAAUUACAGGAGUUGUUGCCAAAAUGUGCCAAGGGUUAGGGUAAGGAAGUGAACAAGUUGCCUGUGAUGGAUUCUGAGCCGGGAGCAGACACUGAACAAAAAAUGGAAGAGACAGAAAUCGAAGGAGAAAUCUUGCUAAAUGUAACAGGUGAUAGAGAAUUCAGCUCCGCGUCCUCCUCCUCCAAUUCCUCUCUACCCUCCUCCAACGUCCCGACAUUCUUCUCCUCGCACCCUCCGACAUGCGUGGAAGAAGAGAAGGACGCGCUGACCGGCUGCUCCAAGUCUUUAAGCGGACUCAAGCUCUUCUCCAGGAGCAUCUCUAAAGGAAGAUUGGAGAGAAGAGGAGCUGGACUACCACCAUCAUGUGAUAUCUGACCUUUAACCUCUAGCUUGGUGUCAGAGCAGACACACUGCUAUGUUCUUUACCCAAGUAUAUCAUUUUUAGUACCUUCCAUAUUGCACUGCACUCCCGAGACAUGAUGGAUUACUUCUUCCAACGCCAUUUCUGCCGUCGCCAAAAAAGACCGAAGCAUCCGGCUGCGGUGCGUCAGCCAGGUCCCGCUCUUCAGACCAGUAAAGCCAGGAGGCGCUCUAGUGCUGGUCUGCCCUCUGCAGCGUUAGUGCAGUCCAGACGCUCCUCUAUUGGUUUACCUCCAGUUUGUACUGACCAGCGCAGGCGCCCCAGUGUUGGCUUACUGGUGGCCAGUGGACAGAGGCGGCAGUCCAUUAUAGAGGGAGGAUUAACAAGUGAAGAAUCUAGAAGAGGAGCUGACGCCUUCAUCAAGAGAGGAAGAAGGGGAUUUAAGUAUAAACCUCAGCAUGCUCGCGGCGGUUCUGGCACAGCCCCCUACGUGCAUCGUGGGAUGGCGAUGCGAAAUCGGCGUCCUCCUAAAGUAACAUCUAUAGAAUCCCACUUACUAGGAUCCUCCAUGUUACUCGCGAGUGUAGUCCAGAUGGGCGUGAAGGAGAAGAAAGAGGAGGAGCUAGACGCCUCGCCAUGUUCCUGUUCGGAGUCCGACGGAGAGGAAGGGAGCGAUGAAGACGUGGAGAACAGAACUGGAGGAAUAACAGCUCAGGUGCACUUAACCCAGGCAGUCAAUAUGGAAAACGUUACACCCCGCUCUUUACUCCGCCCUCCUCGCUGUCUGAGGCGAAACUCCUCCCACCUCCUCCCAGCGGACACUGUGUUUGGGAACAGCGAAGCAGGUUAUGGAGUUCAUGGUCGAUAUAAUCCACGAAGGUCAAGUCAAGCUCGCAGGGCUUUUACGAAACAGAUCCAGACUUCCACGACCAGCCCCAGUCUGGGUCAGCUGGGCUCAGCAGGUCUGAGCUCCGAGCGUGGGGCUCCCGCUCAAACAGAUGUGGCCUCCUCGGAGUCUACGCUCCAUAAAAGCUGCUCUUCACCACUGGGGGGACCAGAGGGAACCAUAUACUAUGAUCCUUAUCUGGAAACAUGGGAGAACUUCCUGUCGAAAGCCAUAGCCAAGUCCGGCCUGCACGAUCUGCCCUGUCAGCCCAGUACGUCAUUCCUGCACCGGACCGACCCCGAAGCAAAUAUCCGCAGCACUUUGGACUGGACUGACUCGGCUCUGUAUGGAGAUCAUAUCUGGUUUGAGACUAACGUGUCUGGAGACUACUGUUACGUGGGAGAACAACACUGUAUUGCCAGAGCACUGCAAAAGUCUGUCAGUCGAAGGAAGUGUGCUGCCUGUAAGAUCGUUGCCCACACCAUCUGUAUAGAACAACUGGAGAAGUUCCCCAGCUCUAGAGCCAUUCUGUUGGACGCCACCCUGCCCCUCAAUGACCCCGACUUUAGAAUUAAUUUCAGGUGUAAACCGUCUUUCAGAGAAUCCGGCUCUAGGAACAUCCGAGAGCCCAUCGUGGUGCGUCAUCACUGGGUGCAUCGGAGACGGCAAGAAGGCAAAUGUAAACAGUGUCUGAAGGGCUUCCAGCAGAAGUUUGCUUUCCACAGUAAAGAGAUUGUGGCCAUCAGCUGCUCCUGGUGCAAACAGGCUUACCACAACAAGGUGUCCUGCUUCAUGCUGCAGCAAAUUGAGGAGGCUUGUCCAAUAGGAGCUCACGCUGCCCUUAUAGUCCCCCCCACAUGGAUAAUUCGAGUCCGACGCAAUCAGUCAUCUAUGAAGUCGAGUAAGAAGAAGAAGAGGACAUCAUUCAAGAGGAAAAGCAGCAAGAAAGGAGCAGAGGAUGGACGACAGUGGAAGCCGUUUUUAAUCCGACCCAUCCCUUCGCCUCUGAUGAAACCGCUGCUGGUGUUUGUCAACCCCAAGAGUGGAGGAAACCAGGGCAACAAGAUCCUGCAGUCCUUCAUGUGGUACCUGAACCCCAGACAGGUAUUUGACCUGAGCCAUGGAGGACCAAAGGAGGGCCUGGAGCUGUAUCGUAAAGUCCAUAACCUGAGGAUCCUGGCUUGUGGAGGAGACGGCACUGUGGGCUGGAUCCUGUCUUGUCUUGAUGAACUGGCAUUAAAUCCUCAACCUCCCGUUGCCGUGUUACCACUUGGGACAGGAAAUGAUCUCGCCAGGACCCUCAACUGGGGAGGGGGCUAUACAGAUGAACCUCUGUCUAAGAUCCUGUCCCAUGUUGAGGACGGAGCUGUUGUCCAGCUAGACAGAUGGAAUCUACAGGUUGAACCAAACCCCAUCGCAGGGGCUGAACUGGACGAACAGCAAGCUGAUAAGCUUCCUCUAGAUGUUUUCAACAAUUACUUCAGUCUUGGAUUUGAUGCCCAUGUGACUCUUGAGUUCCACGAGUCCAGAGAGGCCAACCCAGAGAAGUUUAACAGUCGUUUUAGGAAUAAGAUGUUCUAUGCUGGGACAGCAUUCUCAGAUUUCCUGAUGGGAAGCUCCAAAGACCUGUCGAAGCAUAUCAAAGUGGUGUGUGACGGGACAGACAUAACAUCGAAGGUUCAGGACAUGAAACUGCAGUGUCUGGUCUUCCUCAACAUCCCCAGAUACUGUGCAGGCACCACACCGUGGGGGAACCCCAGUGAUCAUCACGACUUUGAACCUCAACGCCAUGAUGACGGAUACAUCGAGGUCAUUGGAUUCACUAUGACUUCACUGGCUACUCUCCAGGUCGGAGGUCAUGGCGAGAGGUUGAACCAGUGCAGAGAAGUCACCCUCACCACUACUAAACCUCUUCCAGUACAGGUGGAUGGUGAACCGUGCAGACUGGCUCCCUCUGUCAUCCAAAUCAGCCUCAGGAACCAGGCGAACCUGGUUCAGAAAACCAAACGACGGACCUCGCUGCCACACCUCAAUGAUCAGCAGCCGGUCCCAGAGAGGCUGAGGAUCAGAGUCAGCAGGAUCAGUAUGACCGACUACGAGGCUCUGCACUAUGACAAGGACAAACUACGGCAAGCAUCCAUUCCUCUGGGACUGAUCGUGGUUUCUGGUGACAGCGACUUAGAAACCUGCAGAGAACACAUCCAGCGUUUGCAGGAGGAGGAAGCAGCCAAGAGUCUUUCCUCGCAGAGAUUAUCUCCAAAGUGGUGUUUCCUGGACUCUACGACGGCAGAUCGUUUCUACAGGAUAGACCGAGCACAGGAACAUCUCAACUACGUAUCAGAAAUCUCCCAAGAAGAGAUCUUCAUCCUGGACCCUGAACUGGUUGUCAUGACGACGGUGGGGACCUCCCCCUCGACCAUGCCUGACCUGGUUAACCCCGCCUCCAGCCUGGUGAACAGCAGUGAAAGCCCCUGUGAUCAGACCUCCAACCAAGUCAUUGUCUACCCUCUCGCUCCUCCCUCCCCUUCACUUUCAUCCUCUGAUCCCAGUUCUUCCCAGAGGCAGCGGAUAAACAGUGACAGCUCUGCCGUUGAUGCUUUAACACACAACACAACACCUGUGGCCAGCAAACUCAGCAGGGCGGGUUGCAUCCACCGUUCCAACACCACUGCUGCGGAUUUUAAACCAAAACUGAGACAGGAAAAGAGCCAAAAGACAAGUGAAACGGAGGGGGAGCAAGAAAAAGAUAUGCUAGAGAUGUUGAUCGAGUGUGUGAAGAACAAGGACGAGAAGAAGCUGCAGGAGCUGCACCUGAAGGGGGCGGACCUCACCGCGCUGGACUCAUCGGGCUGCAGUUUGCUGCACCAUGCUGUCGAUACAGGAAGCAAAGAGAUGGUCCGCUACAUCCUUGACAAUGCUCCAAGUGACCUGCUUGAUGUCACAGAAAACCUCCACGGGGAGACGGUUCUUCAUCGAGCUGCAUCUCUGUGUCACAGAACCAUCUGUCAUUAUCUGGUAGAAGCAGGAGCCUCACUGAUGAAAACAGACCUACAGGGGGAGACUCCGAAGAACAGGGCUGAGAAGGCUCAGGACUCUGAACUGGCGGCCUAUCUGGAGAACAGACAGCAUUACCAGAUGAUUCAGAGAGAGGACCAGGAAACGGCUGUCUGAAACUGUGCAACUCUUUACGAGCAGGACGUGGAUGAAGACGCUGAUGUCUCCUUCCUCAUCCUCGGGACACUGACAGCAGCUCCUUGAGAGGCCUGAGUGACGGGACGACUGGUACACAGAUUCCAGUUUGUGCUUUCAAGGAAUGACACGUGUCAGCAGACUGAGAGUGAAGCUGUGCCAAAAUCUGAUCGCAACAUGUAUUUAAUAAUGAUUAUGGCAGUGAUGAUGGAAACAGUGAUGGAAACAGUGAUGUGGUACACAGGCGGUUGAAGCUUAUGUUAAUGUGGGUGAAGAUGCACAUGAGGUCGUCCCUUUUCAUUUUGAGUAGCUCAGAAACAGCGUUGGGAUGAUCAGAGUCCUGUUUCUGACGUUGAAUAAGACUUCUUCAAAACUUUUUUCUAUCAAACAAAUACGAAGGACUCUAAACUAUAAAGUGAUCAUCCACCAUAAAUUAGUGAUGUUUUUUUGGGGUCGGAUUGUCUCAGUGAGUCUGCAGACUCAAAUGUCAUGGUUGAACAAACUCAGGAAAUUAACUUCAUACCAACCAUGGAGGGAAAAUCUAACAAGAUUAAAACUGUAAAGUCCAGUUACAGUGGCUACAAAGUGCAUUACACACCUUACCAAAAAGCUUUUAUUUUUGGCUGAGAUUAUGAAAUAUCUUGUGUGAGCGGUGUUGACAUUUUGUCCGUUAGAUGAAAGUUCAUUGAACGUUCAACGAGGAAGCGUACGGGGAGAAGUUUUGGCUCCGUAGUGAAAGAAACGAAUGGAAAGGUCAGGAGCUCAAAACCAUUGUGGAUCAUGGAAAUCAGACCGUUAGCUUUUGAAAUCAUGGACCAAAGUGUUUAAAAUGUUGGUAUGAUGGCGUUAAGGUCGGGAUUGUGAAAUCGAAGGAAGGCGUAUAAAUACCACGCCAUUACACGGACAUUCCGCGUGUCACAAGUACGCAUUUUAGCAUUUUCGCGUGUCAUUUGUACGCCACGCAAACGUCUGCAGUUAGGUUCAGGCAAGAAAAC